AUGCUACAGCGUGCAAAUAGCCAAUACGAGGCCAAUGGCCCUCCUCCCCAACAAAGGAGCCAGCCCAGAAGCCAAUCGUUUCUUCCUUCCAGCCCAAGUACUCAUAAUGCCGAUAUUCGACAACAACUAAAGAAGCCAAGUGCCCCUGCUGUGUCGGCGAGGACCAUGCCACCAUUCUCCAGACCUCUUCAAAACCGACCUUCUAACAUGAACCAACUCUCAAACAAUUCUCGGCCGCCAAACUGUGUUGGCGGUGGAUCACUGGCUUCUAUCUGUGGAGGUUCAAACUCAUUCAUCGGCCAAGCAGAUGUUGUUGAUCUCACUGGACCUGAAGCUCACGCAAAGGCCCAAGCAGCGGUCUUCUUUACGGAAGACGACUUUUGUGACGACGACGACCUAGAUCUGGAUUUCCAAGCCCCUUCAGCACUACCACCAUUUCCUGCAAAUACUCCAUCCAAGCGCAUCACCAGGGAGAACAUGCCACCCCCGCCGCCAACCUCAACACAGACAGACAAGGCUAUACCUUGGUCUUCGUCACCGCCCUCACAUUUCCUGCCACCGUCCCACAAUACAUCUGUCACUUCAACGAUGGCCAAUAUUUCCAUGAAGCGCGAUUCUUCUGGUGACCAAGAUGACUUCGAUGUUCCGGUCCCUAAAAAGGCCAAGAAACGCGUAUUGCCUCAAAGUUUCAAGCAGGAAGAACCCGAUGAUGAGAGUGAUUUUCACCCACAGGUCGCCCAAACACCGAAUAACAAGCGGAAUGAUUUUCUUAAUCCCACAGCGAGCGCUGUCAAGGAACAGAAAAAACAAUUUCGAACUCAGCGUCAGCAAGAGCAACCAUCGGCCAGCACUGAUCUUUCCAUGGAUGAGAUCAAAGAAGUCACCGCUUCGCAUUCCAAGGGCAAUUUUGCCAUAUCGCUCAGCGAAGAACAGAGACACGUCUUGGAUCUGGUAGUGAACAAGAACCAGAGUGUCUUCUUCACUGGUGCGGCCGGAACUGGCAAAUCUGUCCUCAUGCGAGCCAUCAUCACGGAAUUGAAGAAGAAGCAUGCCAAAGACCCAGAACGAGUUGCCGUUACUGCCUCCACGGGACUUGCUGCAUGCAAUAUCGGAGGCAUUACGCUUCAUAGCUUCUCUGGUAUUGGACUUGGCAAAGAGGAUGCCCCAUCACUAAUCAAGAAAAUCCGAAGGAAUCCCAAGGCAAAGAACCGCUGGCUGAGAACUAAAUGCCUUGUCAUUGAUGAGAUUUCCAUGGUUGACGGAGAUUUGUUUGACAAACUGUCUACAAUUGGAAGAACGAUUCGAAACAACGGGAGACCGUGGGGCGGCAUUCAACUCAUUAUCACCGGUGAUUUUUUCCAGCUUCCACCAGUCCCAGAACAGGGUGCGAAGCGCGAGACCAAGUUUGCCUUUGAUGCUUCAACUUGGGCUACCUCCAUAGACCACACUAUUGGACUUACGCAGGUCUUCCGUCAGCGAGACCCAGUAUUUGCCAACAUGCUCAACGAGAUGCGCCUCGGUCGCAUAACGGAAGACACUGUUCGGGCCUUCAAAAAGCUGGAGCGACCGCUCAAUUUCAAUGAUGGACUGGGAACCGCAGAGUUGUUUUCCACCCGGAAUGAAGUCGAGAUGUCAAAUGAAAGAAGGUUGAGAGAACUUCCUGGCACGAUCAGGCGGUACGAGGCUCAAGAUACUGGCAAAGAAGAGAUUCGGGACAAACUACUGAUGAACAUGAUGGCACCCAAGAGUAUCGAUCUGAAGAUCAACGCUCAAGUAAUGCUGAUCAAGAACCUUGAUGAAUCACUUGUGAACGGAUCUUUAGGUAAGGUGAUAGGGUUCUCUGAUGAAAAGACGUUCGACAUGGAGCCAAUUGAUGAAUUCGACGAGGAAGAGAGAAUGGCCAAAGCUCGAAAGAAACUACUCAAUACAUUCAAGCGCGAAUCCGAUUCAGGUUCCAGUGGGACUAAAUUCCCGGUGGUACAGUUCAUGGCAACAGAUGGCACAUCACGCGUGAUCCUCUGCCAGCCUGAGGAAUGGAAGGUCGAAUUGCCCAAUGGCGAGCUCCAGGCGAAGCGAACUCAGCUGCCCCUGAUCCUGGCAUGGUCAUUGUCCAUCCAUAAGGCCCAAGGUCAAACUCUCGAACGUGUCAAAGUCAAUCUCGGACGUGUGUUUGAAAAGGGACAGGCUUAUGUUGCUCUCAGUCGAGCGACUACACAGGAUGGCCUGCAGGUUCUGGGCUUUCAAAAGUCCAAGGUCAUGGCACAUCCUCGAGUCAUAGACUUUUACAACAAACUCUACAGUGCCGAGGAGGCACUCGGAAAACCCAAGGCUCAAUCUAUCACCAGUUUUGUAUCCAAUCGUAUUGGAGCGGCGCCCUCGAAAGCACCAGCGCCCAAGAAGUCAGCCCACCAGGUGAUAGAUUUAGACGAUGAGGAAGAGGCGAUGGCUUCUAUGGGAUACUGA